AUGCACUCCAAGUUCGCCACCUUCCUCCUCCCGGUCCUCGCUGCUGCGAACCCUCUUCCCCAAAGCGGCGCCGCGCCCGAUCCAGGUCAAAUCACAAUCGUCGACACCUCCUACUCGGGAAACGGCUGCCCUCAAGGCACAGUCUCCACUAGCACCUCGCCCGACAAGACUGUGAUCACUUAUGGCUUCGAUGCUUUCCAGACAUACAUUGGACCCGGCACGGUUCCCGCCGAUCGCAGCAAGAACUGCCAGCUCCACUUGAACCUCAAGUACCCCGGUGGCUUCCAGUACGCUGUCGUCGACGCUACCUACCACGGCUGGGCUCGCCUAGAUGCGGGCGUCACUGGUAGCUUCAUUACGACCUACUAUUUCUCCCAGGAUGCUGGCAAGACGUCCACCACCCGCAUGACAGCUAAUGGCGGCGGCGCUCUUGUCAAUGGGCAAGUCUACACCAAGCAAGACUCGGUCGAGACGACAGCUACCAUCUGGUCGCCCUGCGGCACCACAGGUAUCCUCAACAUCAACAACCGCAUCUCGCUUACGAGCAAGUCAGCCACUGCGGCGGGCGAGCUGUCCAACGACGAUGCGACUGUUGCUUUCACACAGCAGCUCCAUGUUGCGUGGAGGAAGUGCACACCUGGAAGCGGCUCUGGUUCCGGCAGUGGCGGCGACACGAUUGGUAUUGGACAGCCUAACUCGGAUAUUACCUUUGGUAACUAGAAUUUUG